CUUACUCACUCACUUACACGAGCAUAAAAAUCCAGACUGCUGUGUGUUCGUGCUCUCCGGUGAUGUUGUACCUACGCCAUGUUCUCGGGUACGGAGGGUGCUGCUGACAGAAUGCACGGUGCUCCAAAGAACAAUAAUCCGUAAUCACGAGAGAGCCCGUGGUCGGUUUGCGUGUAAUUAAGGGCGUGUGUAAGUGUACAGCCAGUGAUGUCCUAGACUUGUAGAAAAUGGUAAUAUCAUAUUUUUAAAAAUAAAAAACAAAAGGACACUAAUAAAUACACAAUAAUAAUUAAAUCUAUACUGUGGUAUUAUAUAUAUAUAUAUAUAUACAUUGUAGAUAUAUAUGAAUAUAUAUAUAGAUUGACGACAAGGUAUCGCGAGUUUAUUGUGUGGGUGAAAGUCAUAUUGACGGCAAAAGAGUUAAAAGCCUAGUCUGAAGAUCUACUGGUGUAUAAAUAUAUAUACAUACAUAUAUAGAGAAAGAUAUAUUUACAUAUAUAGUAUAUAUGUAUAUAUAAAUACAGAUAUAGUGUGGAUGUCGUUAUUACGACAUUGUGAUACAGAUAGAUAAAGAUAAAAGUGAAGAAUUAGACAGGCGGAUUUGGGCCAUGGUGUCGUCGAGGCUCGGGGCUUACGGACAGGCCCCGUGCCGUGGAUAAAACGCCAGCCGGAGUUUUAAACAGCGGGGGUUUUCUAGUUGUGCGGGGACAGGUCGCGGCCAUUUUUACCACACGAUGCGGCAACCGUGCGUGCCCGUUCGGUCCGCCAUUCCAAACAAUCGGUCUACGUGCCUUCUUCGGGUACAUUUUUAUCGGAACGCGUACAGCCGAUAGGGCCCAGACCCUGUCCUGAACAUCGAGCUCCCGUAUAUCUGGUGUGAUAAUUAUAAUUAUUUAUUUAUUUAAUAAUUCUCUAUGUCAGUUGUCCUUCUCGGGUUUUAGACUUUUUGUUCAUUGGGCAAGUCAAGCGCACUGUGGCAUGCAGGAUUUAAUCUAGCUGAAAGAUAAGAGGAGAAUUUGAGCGACGGAGCGGUGAUCCCAUUGUCUACAACACACACGACUUGCCGAUCGAUGUGCACACCGUGGAUGUCCUGUGUGAGAAAUUCAGAUACGCCAGAAUUUGUUGGAGCAGCAGCAGCAGUACCAGUAUCAGUACCAGUACCAGAAUAAUAAGGAUACAAUAAAAAGGAAACGAGACACAACGUCUUCCUUGCGGUUACUUAUUUAUAUAAUAGAGAAAAAAAUGAGCAAGUGAAUACUUAAAAAAAAAAAUAAAGUAACAAAGAGACAUAAUAAUAAUGUACGGGUGUUUAAGAUGUGCUGGUGGUUGUUGGUGUUUAUACUACCGUCGGUGAUUGACGCGUGAAAACGACGGGGGUGUACUCUAGGAGCUGGAUCGCCCUGUUGGCGCCGGCUCCUUGUGUGUACCCGACGCGUUAUUUAUCUCGGGGUGGUGAAACUCGACAUGGAGAUCGAGGUUAAACAGAGAAAUCAGCGUAAUAGACGUCGCGAACGUGCCCAGAGAAUCCUGGCACAACGUGAGAGUCUUGCCAGUGCUAAGCAACAGCAACAGCAGGCUGCAAGGCAUCGACCUGACGAGGAAGACAGCCACAGCGGGGAAGACGAGGAGCCUGGUGGCCUUGGUCUUGAGAUAUCGAGGGGCAAUCGACCUCGUGAUAAUCAUCAACGACCACCACGCCCGCCCAGGCCACCCAGGCCCAGGAAGAAGUCCUCCCUAGCCGGGGCCAACGCGAAGGAACCACCCUUCGAGGAGGACAUUAUCGACGGAUUUGCCAUACUCGCUUUCCGUACUUACGAGGACCUCGAGAGUGCAAUAAAGUUAGCUGGUAAAAAUAAUGUGAAGAAACUCCAUUCACUGCUGUCGAUAGUUGAGGAAAAACCAAAGGUGGAUACCGGUCAGAAUAAUCGGCACAACGAUCAUCACAUAAAAAAUCAUUUUAAACACAAUCAUUAUACGAAUAAUUCCAUACUGACACCUUCUACCCUCAACCAGGGCCUCGAUGCAGGUACGAGUGACGAUAGCGGACGAGCGUCGGAACAAUUGCAUGGCCCUGGUAUACCAAGGGACUGCCAGGACGCUGACAGUUCCAGGGACCAUCUCAGCGAUGCUAGCAGCCAUUGCAGUUCGGGUAAAGGUUAUAUCUGUGAUAGUGAAGGAGAAGACGAUAAGGGCUCGGAUGCAGAAUCGAUACUCUUUGAAUCUUCAACCCCACCUCUCCCACGUAAAUACGAGUUGCCAUCUUCAUCGCCGCACGUAUUGCCGCCGGCAAACGGCGCUGGGGGUUCACCUCCAGACACCGGUGGACAAAUUUCGAAUCCCGCGACGGAUGCCCCGGCACCCAUACCACCCCCUGUGCCUGCCUCAGCACCAGUACCAACGGCGCCGAGUCCGCCCAGUCCAACGUUGCCCCCACACAUAUCCCAACCACCCAUGACUAGUCCUUUGGCAGCGAAUCCUCGUGCAAUAGCUCCGCAACAGCGGCCAGCAUCCCCAGCUCUUCCGCCGCCUUCAUUGCCACAACAGCCUCAUACCACGAUACCACCAGCGUUACAUCCACCAAAUGUACCACUUGUCUCGUCGAGUCAUACAACAACUAGUCCAGCAGUUGCUAGUCUCGGCGUGACACCAGCAGCACCAUCAAACGGUGCCGCAACAAGUACCAGUUAUCCACCACCGCUGCCAAUGGCUGCGUAUCCACAGACUCAGCCGUCUUACCCACCUCUUUACACUCCUUAUGCCGCACUUAAUCAUAGUCCUUAUUUACCACCUGCAGUAUCGUCACCUUCGCAUUCAGCGUCAUCGCGAACCGACGUGAGAGCUAGUCGAGCAUCACCGUGCACCAACAUUACCAAACAGACCAUAGGAAACACCACGACUAAUCACAACAGCACAACUCCUCUCAGCGCUGCUACUACGACUUGUGUAUCUACAAUAACAAACACAGUUACCACCGCCAAUACGAUUGCUCACAGGGACAUUGUGGCAUCCAGCCUUGCCGGAAGAAAUAAUAAUAAUAAUUCACCCCGAGGUCACAGUCCUAAUCGUGAACGUGAUAGUUACAGUAACGUGAGUACGUUAAGCCGUAGCAGUAUAACGCCUGUAAGUGUGCCAAACACCUCCUCCCCAGCCAAUUCUAGUCUACCCGCUUACUCAAAGGCUCAAGGAUGGAUCAGUAGCAGCACGACAUCUCAAUUAUCGCCAGCAACAGCUACAUCUGUACCGAGGCCAACACCACCACCGCCCCAGGCAACAUUAGGAAUGCACAGCUUUCCACCGCCGAUGUUUGCCGCGCCGCUUCCGCCACCAGUGUCCAGCGCGAGUCCUCAUCCUUCGUUGCCCACGUUACCCCCGCCGACCACUAAUCCAAAUCCGUUCUCUGCCGAGUCGCUCUUCCAAUCAAGGGUGAGCCAUGUUACAGGUCAGACUGAUUUAUUAAGAAGAGAGUUAGACAAUAGAUUUUUAGCUUCGCAAGAUCGAAAUGUUCCUGUGGCUGUUGGUAAUCUUGGACCACCUCCUUAUCUUAGGACUGAAAUGCAUCAUCAUCAACAUCAACAUACACAUGUUCAUCAACAUACAACACCAUUAUUACCACCACCUGCAACGGCUUCGUUAUUCCCACCACCAAUUUUUAAGGACAUUCCAAAACUAGGUAGCGUUGAUUCGCCAUUUUUUCGUGGAAACUUAAACUUAUCAAAUUACUCGAGCUUUAAUGCCGGUCUAUUACACCCUAAUAUGGCACCACCUACGACACCAUUCGUUCCACCAAAUCACAUGAGUUCAUUCGCGCCAAAAAAGACUGGAAAAUGGAACGCAAUGCACGUUCGGAUAGCAUGGGAAAUAUAUCAUCAUCAACAGAAACAACAAGCGGAGGCCAAAGCUGGAAAUGUCAAUACUAAAACAGAAUUACUUAGGCCUCCUGGUCAUUUGUAUCCAGGAGGUCCAGGUAAUGGUAUUGGAUUAGGAACACCGCCUAUGGCUCCGCCGUUUCCCUCGAAUAUGCCACCGAAUCAUCCUGGUGCGCAACCACCUCCUCAUCCUGUCGGGUUCCUAACUACUCAGUCUUCUCAUCUAGGUAUGCUCAAAGGAACGGGUAUGUCACCUUUCGGAAGAUACCCAGCAUCAUUUGGCGCGCCUAAUCCAAACUUUCCGACAUUAUCAGGAUAUCCUCCAACCCGAGAAAUGUCUCAGUUAAGUGGACUCACCUCAGCAGUACAUGAUCCUUGGAGAGGGUUGCAACGAACAGCGACUGGUUUUCCCCCAACAUCAGUUGGUUGGAGUCUGAAGCCUGAGCCACCUGCGAUAGACAGACGAGCGGAGCUGGAGGAGCAACAGCAGCGAGAACGUGAGCGCGAAAGGGAACGCGAGCGUGAACGUGAACGUGAAAGGGAACGCGAACGACAGAGACGGGAGAGAGAGCGGGAAGAACAGCGUGAGAGAGAAAGACGUGAACGUGAAAAAGAGGAAAAAAGAAAACAGCAAGAGGCCGCGGAACGUGAACGUGAAAGGAGAGAGAAAGAACGACGUGAAAUGGAGAGGCGAGAAAUGGAGCGCGAGAGGAUAAUGCAUCAAAAUCGUCAGCAUGCAGUGAUGGCUAGUCGGGAUCGUUCUCCAUUGAGAAAUGGCACCUCCGUACAGAUUGACCCGAGUGAGGUACGCGUCAAAGAAGAGCCGAGGAGUAAAGAUGAUGACGUUGUGAUGCUUUCUCGAGGACCACCACCGGGUCCUGGACCCGGACAGGGACCAAGUCCAAUACCUGACCCAAGGUAUCAUCAUUCCCAUCCUCACGCUUAUCUUGCGCGACAUCCCCACAGUUUGCAACCUAAUCCUCACGCAAUGUCGAGGAGUAUGAUGCCAACGUUAGGUGGCCAUCAUAUGCAACACUUUCCUCCGCCAUCAGGUCCAGGAGGGCAACCCGGUGCACCAUGGGGCUCUGAUCCGUUCCGUGAUCCCUAUCGGUAUGACCCCCUGCAGCAGCUGAGAUACAAUCCGCUAAUGGCAGCGGCAUUCCGAGCCGAGGAAGAAGAGCGUGCGAAAAUGUACGCGAAUUACAGUCAAGCAUCUGUUGUUAAUGCUCUGCGAGCUAAAGACCCCAGUCCUGGACCACUUAGUAAUCUCCAUAUGCACCACAGAGCUGGACCUGGACCAGGUGUACCCGGCAGACCAAUGGAACCUUCACUAAUGCAUGGUGGUGAUAUCCAUAAAAAAGAAGACAACUCACAGUCACGAUGAUAUAUCGCGUGCGUAUCAUCGUCGUCGCUAAUUAAUAAAAAAUAAUAAUAAUAUUAAUAAAGCAAUGCAUUUGACGUACGGUGAGGUCUUGGUGAUUCUUCAUUAACGUCAGCAAAAUAUUUAGAAGAUACUUAUUCGAUAUUUUUCGGGCGAAAUGUAUCCUCUGAUAUUAUAAUCUAAUACAAAGUGUAAAUAUAAAUAUAAUAAACGUAUGUAAUAUUUAUAGAUUAUUAAUGAUAAUAAUAAUACUAUUAUUAUUUAUGAUUAUAAAUGAGAGGAAGACAAAAUAAAUAAUAAUAAAAAAAAUAGUGCGCGAGGGCACGUGAGUUCUGCAAGCCCACAACGAUGCCUUGAAGGGGAAUAGAUUAAUAGAAGUGAUAAAAGUGAUUGACUUAUUCAUUAGUACACGUCAGCGAGGUAUUCUGCGAUGCGCGACAGAAUAAAAAUAAAAAAAAUAAAUAAAUAAUAAUAAGUAUAGAGAGAAAUAAAAAUAUAAAUAACAGCAAGUUAUGAAUGUGGAAUUGUAACAACUGUGUUUUUAUGCAAUUUCGUGGAUAUGUGAGACUGUUUAUUGCACUAUGAAAACUUUAUCAUUAACAAUUAUAACUAUGUAUGCCGAGUUGAUAUUGUGUGUAAUAUUCAAACUAUGUGUAGUUAUCUCGACACAAAACGACGCUACGUAAUAUUAAUUUUUAUUGCUAGAAAAAAAAAAUUGAAAUAAAAAAUUUAACGAGUGUUUUUUUUCUAGCAUCACUCGAAAAAAUAUUUAAAAAAUUAAAUUUAUUUAAUUAUUUAUUUAUUAAUAUUAUUAUUAUUAGUUCGAAGUAUAAGCGAAUUCGAAUCUCUGUUAUUGACUUCAAUGUCAUAGAAUUCAUCCACUUUUUAUUUAUGUAAUAUACUGAAAAAAAAUUAUGUAUAAAUUUUACGUUUAUUUUAUUUUAUUUUUUUUUUUUAAAUAUAUAUAUAUAUAUAUUAUAUAUACAAAUAGAUCUCGAUUAAUUUGUGUUAAUCGAAAGAAAUAGUGAAGAAGAAAUAAAAAUUGUAUAAAUAAAAAUUAAAGGAGAGGGACAAAAUAACCCUAGACUAAUUGGUAUUAACAUUCGACAGUUUUCUGACAGCUAAUACGGGGCAUUUGGUACUUUCCUGUGAUAUAGAAAAAAAAAAAAAAAACUGUAAAUGAACAUUAUAUUAAUGACAUUUAAAAUAAUUUUAAAAGUGUGCUACUUUUUUUGUUGAUCGCUUUUUAAAUGUGUCCCCGUAGAAAAUAAAAGUUUAAUAAAAUUAAUGUUUUAUAAUAAUAUUAAUAAGUAAAUAUGAAAGUAAUGUUUUAAUUAAACCGCCGUUAGAUAAAUCUGUGUCAUAAUUUCAUUUUAAAAUUUGUAACAAAUACAUCGCAAGUGUUUUAAUGAAGUAAUUAAUUUAUUAUUAAUUACGUACUUUUUUUAAUUAUACAACUUUUUAUUCAUUUUUAUGUAUUUUAAAUUAAUGACAAUAAUUUGUUUUAUUGAUUUAUCUAAAUCAUUCCCAUGUUUUGUUAUUUAUUAUUUUUAUUUAUAAAAUAAAUCGAGAAAUUUAUUCUCGUAAUUAUUAUUUUUUUUUUAUGUGUGCCAUGAAGCGGAGUAUUUUUUAAUUCAAAUUUUAGAAAAUUAAAACUGUUUUAUAAUUAUUUAUACAAAAUUAAUAGAAAAUAAAAAAAAGGAGGUCCCUCUUCACGAUAAUUUAAAAAUUCACACUGUGAAGUGACUGUGAAAUUGUAUAUUAAUUAAUAUAAUAUAAAUUUA